ACCAGUGUAGAUGGCUUGUCAUUCGGACAAUCUGAUGGAUUGAAAGAUGAUCCGGAUGUCGAUGAUAAUGAUGUUGCUGAAAAAAAGAGAUUACCGCUUCUAGAUUUGCUGAUGGAAGCAAGUCAAAAUGAAAAUCUUCUUACUGAACAAGAAGUCAGCGAUCAAGUCAAUACUAUCAUGUUUGAGGGAUUCGAUUUAAUUGCUACUGCAUCUAGUUUCUUCUUGUCGAUAAUGGGCUGCCAUCCAGACGUUCAAGAAAAUGUCAUUCGAGAAUUGGACGAAAUCUUUGGUGAUAGUGAUAGACCUUGUUCCUUCCAAGAUACUUUGGAGAUGAAAUAUCUCGAGCGAUGCUUGAUGGAGACGUUGCGUCUAUACCCACCCGUAUCAAUUAUGGGGCGUCGAAUCAACACUGACUUGAAAUUAACAUCUGGAGACUAUACUAUCCCUCGUGGUAGUUUAAUUAUUGUGGGCACAUUUAGGAUUCACCGAUCGCCUAAAUUUUACCCGAAUCCAAAUAUGUUCGACCCAGACAAUUUCUUGCCGGAAAAGACAAGAGAUCGUCAUUAUUAUGCUUUUAUACCAUUUUCAGCCGGACCGCGAUCGUGUGUUGGUCGGAAGUAUGCAAUGUUGAAGCUAAAAAUUCUUUUGUGAACGGUAAUGAGAAACUUUCGUGUAAAAUCGAAUAUUAAAGAAUGUGACUUUAAGCUCCAAGGUGAUAUUCUUCUCAAGAGAACUGAAGGUUUCAAAGUGAUUCUUGAGUCGAGAAAA